AUGGACGUCUGGACUCAAACCCAACACCUGGGACUUAAGCGGGAUGGACCCAACCCCGUCCAAGAACUGCUAGAUUUAUUGCGGAACCCCUUUAAACAGACGCUUACAGACGGUGCUAUCUGGUCUGCCCUGGGCACAUCCGUAGGCUUCACGGUCUUCAUAGCCAUCGCCUUUUCGUUUGUUCGACCCUACAACUCCGUCGUCUAUGCACCAAAGCUCAAACAUGCCGACGAGGAACAUGCGCCGCCCCCGAUAGGAAAAGGGUACUUGGCCUGGAUCCCUCCGUUAUGGAAAACCGACGAGAAAGACAUGAUCGCCCAUGCCGGCAUGGAUGCUGCGAUAUUUUUAAGAUUUACCCGAAUGUGCCGGAACAUCUUCCUUGCUCUUGGCGUCGUUGGAUGUUGCAUUUUGCUGCCAGUGUAUUAUACCAUGAACAGCGACCAGUCCGGUAACCAGAGAUGGUUCAUGAGAUUAACGCCGUCUAACGUCAACGAUAAGCCCAUUUGGGCCCUCGUGGUAACCGCUUAUGGAUUCAACUUCAUCAUCAUUGGGUUUUUGUGGUGGAACUAUAAAAAGGUUCUCCAGCUAAGGCGAAUUUAUUUCGAAAGCAAGGAGUAUCAGCGCAGUUUGUCUGCUCGUACUUUGAUGUUGAACGAUAUUCCCAAAAAGUAUGCCAACGAUGAGGGUAUUGCGCGGAUUAUCGACGAUGUGGUUCCCCACGCUUCAUUUGCCAGGACAGCUGCUGCUCGUAACGUCAGAGAUUUGCCAGACUUGAUUGUGCAACAUGAUCAUACGGUUCGUAAGCUCGAAAAAGUAUUGGCCAUAUACUUGAAGAAUCCCCAAAGCCUACCGGCUGCUCGACCAGUGUGUCGCCCUUCCAAAAAGGACCCCUCUUUCAGUACUUAUCCCAAGGGACAAAAAGUCGAUGCUAUCGAGUACCUUACCCAGCGAAUCAAAGAACUUGAAAUUGAGGUUAAGGAGGCACGAGCAAACGUAGACAAGCGCAACACGUUAUCUUACGGCUUUGCUAGCUAUGACGACAUUUCGGAGGCACAUAGUAUCGCCUACGCUUUGCGCAAGAAGAAGCCACAAGGUGCUACGGUUGUUUUGGCUCCCAGACCAAAUGACAUUAUCUGGGAUAACAUGCCUCUCACUCCAGCAAACCGAAGCUGGAGAAGAAUCAUCAUCAACUUCUGGAUUUCCGUACUGACGUUAGUUUGGAUCGCGCCUAGCGCCAUGAUCGCCAUCUUCUUAGUCAAUCUGAGUAACCUUGGCUUAGUUUGGCCCACCUUCCAGGAUCAGUUGUCUGCUAACACAGGUUUCUGGUCUAUCGUCCAGGGUGUCGCAUCUCCAGCUAUCUUAUCGCUUGUCUACGUCGUUCUACCUAUUAUCUUCCGCCGACUUGCUAUCAGAGCUGGUGACCGUACGAAAACCGGUCGUGAACGCCAUGUCGUCGCCAAGCUUUACGCUUUCUUCGUUUUCAACAACCUCGUGGUCUUCUGUUUCUUUAGCACGAUGUGGAACUUGAUCUCGUCGGUUGCUAACGACCCGAAGAGAGCCUGGGAGACAUUGUCAAACUUUGGUAUAACUUUGUUCAUCUCGUUGUGCGACAUCUCAUCGUUCUGGGUUACAUGGUUAUUACAAAGGAAUUUGGGCGCAGCUAUCGAUCUAGCUCAGUUAUGGACCCUGAUAUACAGCUUUUGUAUGCGCAAGUUUUCGAGCCCGACCCCAAGAGAGAUGAUCGAAUUAACCGCACCCCCGGCUUUCGACUAUGCCAGCUACUACAACUACUUCUUAUUUUACUCGACCGUGGCAUUAUGUUUCUCCGGCCUUCAACCGCUUGUCCUUCCAGCCGCAGCGUUGUACUUUUCAAUCGAUGUGUGGUUGAAGAAAUACCUGCUAUUGUACAUCUUUGUCACCAAGACCGAGUCCGGUGGAAUGUUCUGGCGAGUGUUGUUUAACCGAUUCGUUUUUGGUACCAUCCUUUCGAACUUGGUCGUCUUCCUGACGGCCUGGGUGCAUGGUGACGGAACCCAUCUGAUGGCAUUCUCAUCUGUACCUUUGCCAUUUAUUAUGAUCGUCUUUAAGAUCUACUGUUCUAGAGUCUUUGACGCCAAGAUUCACUUUUACUCGACUCGCAAUAUUCAAAAGCAUCCAGAAGGAGCUAUGCAGAAAGACCCUAUGCGAUCAGUUGGUCUUGCUCACCGUUUUGGCCACCCUGCUCUUUACAAGCCCCUCAUCACACCCAUGGUUCACGCGAAAGCUCAAAAUCUUUUGGCGUCUAUAUACAAGGGUCGCUUAACAGACGGUCGUGAGGCCUACUCUGGAGAUACGAUGUCCACGUCUGGUUACUCCGAUGCCUAUGUCAUGAAUCCGAUGAACGCCGGGAAGCCCGGGAAACAAGCAAGCUUGCCUGGAUUCGAAAUAGUACCCGAAUCUAGGCUUGAUUUCGAGUAUUAUAAAACUCGCGCUGAGUUCGCAUCUGAGCAUGGUGGCGGCGAUAUUUUUGGUCGUUCGAACGAUGUGAUGCGCCCCGGCACGCCUGGAAGUAUGUGGACCAAUAGUGAAGCCCCAACCUCCAGAGCGGGUAGUCCUACAAUUCCACAUAUUCCUAGGUUAGGCAGCCCCGGGCCGACGAGGGCGCUAUCGCCUAGUGCUGAUAUAGGGAUGACUUAUCCGGGAGGUUACACGCACCCACAAGGCACUCCCUACGUCCAGGAGGCGGAGCCCAGCCGCUUGCAUAGCCCGUUCUUUAUGCAAGGGAACGAUAGUGGGUCUAAUCUAGUGAUGAACGCUGCUGCGAUGCCCGUGGGUACCCCAGGACCCACCCCGCGAGACCGCAGUAGGGAACGGCCCAUGCGAGCGCCGGGCGGCGCGGGGAUGUUGGGUGGUGGUCCCCGGGGUUACGGCGGCCUACCUCAGGAAGAGGAGUCGGAGCACGACCCCAUGCAGUAUAAUUACUUCCGCGAAGCACGGACUACACGGAAAGGACACUAA